GAGAGAAAACAAGAGAGAGAGAGAGAGAGACGGCGAAUAGCAGCACAUUCAGUGAGUCACACUAAUCGACACAAAGCCGGUGAGUGGAUCACGACACACGCGGGACAUUUUCACCCAGAUGCGAAGUUGCGAGGGAAAGAUAAAGAGAGAAAACAGAGAAUCGGGACAAGGAACAGCACUGAGCGCGCGGAACACGCAUCCACUGAAGAAUAAAAGCGGAGUGUUCUGUUUAACAACGGGAACGUGAUAUUUCACAUCGAUCUGCUCAACCGAGACUGGGACAAAACAGUGAGCCAACACUGACCUAAAACCAAGAUUAUUCUAUAUCGCCGAUAAGACACAACUGGGGAUCAGCAGUUUCUGGAAAAUCCUGAGUCAACAAACUUAUAUUGUCUUCAAUCGAACAAAAGCAGAUCAAACACAAAAAGGGACUUUACCCUUUUUUAGAGGAAAAAAACGCAGAAUACACGUAACCAAUGACGGUUGUUUUUGUCGCGUUCCAUCUUUUUCUCAUCUUUUUGACCAGUCUUCUGGACACUUGAACGUUUUAAGACUGGUUGAAGUAAAAGAAAGAACUUCAAAAAUUCAACACAGUUCCUGAUUUAAACUGCUUCACAGGUCAAUAAAACUCUUAAUUUCAAUGUUCACAGAGUGUCAGGUAUACAGACCGCCCUCAAUAGGACCACAAUGGAAAGCCUAAAUCUUCCUACCCAAAACAACAGUGCCAGCUUGGAAAAUCUAGAAACGUUCUCAAACUACAGCGAGAGUUUACCAUCACCUCAAAUCGCCAACCCGGGUCGUCAAGGCAGAGUAACAAAACCCAAACCCAACACAUCCUGCCGGCGGAAGCGCGAAUUCAUCUCGGAUGAGAAGAAAGAUGCGUCCUACUGGGAAAAGCGGCGCAAGAAUAACGAGGCAGCCAAAAGGUCAAGGGAGAAGCGGCGGCUCAAUGACAUGGUGCUAGAGAACAGAGUCAUAGCACUGAACGAGGAGAACGUGCGACUGAAGACGGAACUCCUGCAGCUGAAAUUAAGAUUCGGACUCAUAAGUUCUGCCUCCUACAUGGAAAAAACACAGCAGAUCAGCAGUAGCACUGAAGCAUUGAUUAAUGGUGCUAAUGGUACCGGAGCAACGUCUGGAAAUCCAUAUUACUCAAGCAGCGGAUACUCGAGUGCGUCUCAGGUCAUGAUGAACUCUGAUUCCUCAGAGGCUGAGCAGCCGACCAGAGGUGAACGGCACACAGCAUUAUCCAAGUACUCGCCUUGUGGAUCGCUGUCGGACAUGUCCGAUUGCUCUUCACGGGACAGUCCUGAACCUAUGAACUAUGACAUUAAGCAUGAGAGCUCUGCAAUGGACAUUAACAGGCUUGAGGCAAGCGUUCUUAAUGGCAUCUUCAACGGUCAUCAUGCACGAUUAGAGACUCACCAGCCACAAGAAAUGGAGCAGCAAGAGAGCAUCAAUGCCCCAGCCCCUCCAUCCGCCACGCCCCAAAGAAGUGUCAUCCUCUUCCGCUCCGGGAGCAACUCUUAUCCCGUCGAGAGCCAAAGGGUUGAGGACAUUGAGCAGGUGUUGUCCCAACCACAGCAAAAUGGACAAAUUGCUCAAUUUUCUCAAACAGGGUGCAGCCUGCCUUUAAGACCUGAUGGUUUAGAGACUCUUUCAGAGGUGGCACAGCAGCUGGCCAGGAGGUCUUUGGAUUCCCCAAAUUUUGAGUUUGCUAAUGGCAAGGCUGAUGCUGGGGAAAACAGACGGUUUGUCAUACAGCACAAAGACCAGAGUGCUCAAGGACAUUGCAGAAUCCAAGUGCAAGACACCACCCAAAAUUCUUUCGCCCCAGACCUGCUCAGCGAAGCUGGGAAAGCCCAAGUAUAUCAGCGGAUGAAUCCCUACCUCUCCACUCUGAACGAGGAGCCCCCGGUGCUAACAUAUGAAGGUUGCCCAAGAACAGAUGGCUUCUAUCAAGAGCACUCCUCCUCAAGCAAGGACACCUCCUCUAGUGACAGUGACCCCCGCAGUUCAGACAAGGAAGCCUCUACGGACGAUGAAUCUCCCUCAUCCUCUUGUUCUGAUACCGGUGGCUACCACGCCAUCCACCAAUCAUCGUCCUCUCCCACCAUGGCCAACGGUGACGUUUGCCAAUAUGGGGACAACCAAGGUGAAAUGAAAGCCAUGGCUCUGCCACACAAGCUAAGGCUUAAAUAUAGGGCACUGUCCAAUGGUGGCUCCCAAGAUGUUCCCGGGUCAGUUACAACAGCGACGUCGCCUGAUUUCGCUCUGCCUCAGCACCCGUACCUGGCGUUAGCACAGGUUAACCAGCAGCAAGGCAGCGGAUCUGGAAGCAAGGAUGGGGAGUGUGAGAUGUCAGAUGAACUUUGCACACAACAAUCUCCCUCCAGAGAGAAGGAAGAGGGAAGGAAGGACCGAGGAAAGAGAGAAUUGGGAGGGCGAGGUAGCAGAAACAAUAAACGUGACUGAGACUGUCUGCUAAGACAGGACUUGAUUGAUGUCGUCUUUACCAUCCUAUAGAAAGAAAAAGGUACCAAUUAAUUGCAUGAAAGUCAAUUUCUUAUACUAAACAACAACUACAACCAGAAAGUGUAACUUGUGUUCUUGGUCAGUUCGCUUGUCAAAAGCGAUAAUGUGACAUUUUAAUGCAGCUCUGUUCUCGCUUUCUUUCUUAAGCACUUACUAGUAACUCAAAUGAGUUAAUAAGAUGGAAAAGGAGCUUUUUUUGUCCUCUUUCACAACAAACUUAUACCAUGACUCUGUAUAGCAACCUUGGACUUCUUGUCUCCACCUUUGAAUAUUUACAUAUCUCUGCCAUGUUUUGUAGCUUAGCCUAGUUAAUAGGUCAUUUCUGAACCCAGUACUAGACAAGUUCAUGGACUCAGACAUAAGUCCGUUUCUCCCUACUGAUAUUCUCACUCUCCUACUCUGCCUUCUGACCUUAACAUUAUUUAAGCACUUGGAUUAUAAAAUACUGUGACAUGACUAAACAUAUCAUAUUUUAUGGAAAAAAAAACAUGUCAGUCUUUUAAGAGUAGAAAAGUGGGAGAACGCUGUCUACUUUUUAGCAUUUGGAUUCUUGUAUAGUUCUGUCCGAAUGUUUCUGUUUGAUGCUUCCAGUAUGCUUUGUUCAUCGAGUUCCUUUUAUGUAUCACAUUGAUUGAAUGAUACCUGAAUGUCUCGUUCGUAGUGUUUCAGUCAGUCGUAGGUCAACGCUAACCAGUGAAAAUGACCUUUCAUCUCUUGUCCAUCACCUUACUAUAUUGCAUCACAGUAAAGGAGCCUGAUGGAUUGACCCGCUUUGAAGGUCACUGUGACCAAUGUUUUUAUUUUAAACAUUGCAAUCUACCUGACAUUAAGCCAAAUUAGAGUCAAAGCCCUUUGAGAAAUGUCAAUCUGAGCGAACGCAGACUGUACAAAGUGUAAGAUAUAUCAUUGCCGUCUAAAGAUGGUCUCGUCCUUUGUGGUCAGGUUUCAGAGAUGCCUCACAUGCUACCUCAUGAGAAUAAAUUGUUGAGGUUACGCAGAACUGAAAAGUUCUCUUCAUCUUAAAGGGGAACGAGACUUUGAUGUGUGUAGCCCAUUGCAUCAUCAUACCCACCGGUUGUUGCGUAUAAAAGUUACCACACAGUGAAAUGCUGCAGCACACAAGUGUUACAAACUCAGUAGUAAACGUAGACACAAAUCGAGUCCCACUAGUCGUCUUUGUAAACUUUACCACAGCUGUAAGCUGCUUCUGCACUGAAUUUUUUCUGUCAGAUUUUAUACACUCUGUGUUUGUUUUUCCCAAACAGGUGCCUGGCACUGGCCAUUAUGUAAAAAGUGUACAGACAAAUUCUCUUUUGAGUAUUUUAAGUUUGUAUCGAGUUUAUUUUGGCAUUCAAUAAUUAUUAUUAUUAAUAUUGUAUUUUAUUUUGUAUUCCAAUGCUAUUACUCUUUUCUCGUGUCCGUUCUCUGUUCACCUCAAUGUGAUACAGUAUGUAUGUAUGUAUUUUCAUGUCUUGUUCAUCCGUUUCACCUCUGUACCCUGGUGUAUUGUGUGGUAUUUACUGAAGUUUUAAGGAAAAAAGAUACUGUUUGUAAAAAAAAAAAGAAUGCCCACCCGUCAAGGUGCUCAGAAUGACACUAAAGUGGCAAGAAAAAUAAAACAUGUUGUAUGUCAAAUUUAAGCCGUCUAAUGUUGUCAUGUGUACAUUACACAACAUUUCACAUCACUCAAACAAAAAAUAAACCUUUACCAUGAAUGA